AAAACAUCGACGGAGUGUAGUUCGAUGUUACAUGUUAGUAUUGUGGGAUAAAAUACCGUUCUAAUUGUUUCUCACAUUAGGAUAAGUGUUUUAUCUAAUGCUUACCAAAGAGUCUUAAAGAAUUUCAUGAAUCACCUGACUUUUGAAUCCGAUUUACUUCAUUUUUGUGUCUGAAGCAUUGAGGAUGCUUCUAUAGGCAUCUUGCAAUUUGCUAGUUUGUUCUGAAUGGAGCGAAAUACUGUGUAUUCAGUUUCAACAUUUUUAUUUACUCUUAUGAGCUAACAUCUUCAUAGUUUAGAAUGUUACUAGUAAGGUUAGUGAAUAGUUGAAAUCUGGUAUAAGCAUGACGGAGUAUUAAAUACAUUCUGAUAUGUCAUCUCAUGGUGGAGGUGGGGCUUCUCUUCCCCAUUCUCACAGCAGUCCUAGUGGAAUGUAUCCUACACCAUCUUCUCCAGAGAGUCGGAGUUUAGGAAAGAGACUUACCGUGCAAGUUCAUUUUCUUGAUGAUUCAGUUGCUUCUUUUAAUAUCCAGUUUAAAGCUCUUGGGAAAGUGCUGUUUGACCAAGUAUGCAAACUUUUAAAUUUAUUAGAAACAGAUUAUUUUGGCCUGGAAUAUAUUGAUUGUGCUGGAACUAAAUUUUGGUUGGAUUAUGAAAAGCCUAUGUGCCGUCAAAUGGGCUUAUCUAUGAUAAACCCUAUUAUGAGUUUUUGUGUUAAAUUUUAUACUCCUGAUCCUGCUCAACUGGAAGAAGAAUAUACUAGAUAUUUAUUUAGUCUACAAAUCAAAAGAGAUUUAGCUCAAGGAAUUUUACUAUGCAAUGAUAAUACCGCUGCUUUAAUGGCAUCAUACAUAGUUCAAGCUGAAUGUGGGGAUUUUGUUUCUGAAGAUUAUCCCGAUCAUACUUAUGUUUCAUCUUUUAAAUUUGUUCCUCACCAAGAUGCAGAAUUUGAACAUAAAAUCAUGGAAAAUCAUAAAAAACAUAUUGGCCAAUCUCCUGCUGAAGCUGAUCUGAAUUUGUUGGAAACUGCUAGGCGAUGUGAGCUUUAUGGUAUUAAAAUGACUCCUGCUAAGGAUAGUGAAGGAGUUCCUUUGAAUCUAGCUGUUGCUCACAUGGGUGUGUUGGUCUUCCAAAACUACACAAAAAUUAACACAUUCUCCUGGGCAAAAAUUAGGAAAAUAAGUUUUAAGAGGCGAAAGUUUUUGAUAAAGCUUCAUCCGGAGGGUUAUGGUUAUUAUAAAGACACAGUAGAUUUCGUAUUUGAAAGUCGAAAUGAAUGUAAAAAUUUCUGGAAGAAAUGCAUCGAAAAUCAUGCCUUUUUUCGUUGUUCUGAGGUAAAAAGAUUACCUCGUCAAAAGACUCGUAUAUUUAGUCGAGGAUCAUCAUUUAGAUACAGUGGUCGAACACAAAAACAAAUGGUUGAAUAUGUUCGUGAAAAUUAUGUCAAACGCCAACCAUUCCAAAGAUCUGAGAUGAACUAUCUUUUUCGGGGCAGGGGGGCAAGGUCCACGAGUCUACGUGUCUCGAGCACUAAUCGUAGAGGCUUAGGUUUGGUUGGUUCAUCUCUCUCUGCCCAGCCUUUGCUGCCAGUUAGUAGCAGUCAAUCAUGUGGGUCAGUCAUCUUAUCUCAUGAUGUAGAAGUGCCCUCUGCUUAUGUUAGUAGGCCAACUUCAGCAUCGCAGCCUUCCUCACCUAGAGUUAACAAGGAAUCAUCUAGAGUGAUAGCCAAUAGAAGUAUUUGCAUUGACACGAGGAGUUCCUAUAUGGAGAGAAGAGAUCUUCCACCAGGUUUGCUAUCCUCCAAAUUAAAUAAGGAUGUAAUGGAAGGUGAACUUCAUAGUCCAGAUAUAAUAACUUUUGAAUCUCCACCCCCCUACCAAUCUCCAGCUAAAGACUUGUCCAGUCCAGUGAGUCAACCAAGAAGUAGCAGCAAUGUUCAUAGUGAGACAACCUCCAUAUCCACCAGGUGCAUUUCCAGCGAUGAAGAAAUGAGCCGUUCUCCUACCUCUCCAUUACGAAGCCUUCGAGAGCAAUGUAGCACUGCCCAUUCUCCUAGAUCUGAGACUGAUACAGAAGUUAGAAGAAAAAGAAUUCCGGCUGAUAAAGCAUAUUUUAUAUCUAAAGAGCUACUAAUGACAGAAAGAACUUACAAGAAAGAUUUAGAGCUCAUAAAUGUUUGGUUUCGUGACGAAGUUAGCAAAGAAGAAAAUAUGCCUACCCAUGCUCUAACCGUUUUAUUUGGUGUUGUAGAUCCAUUGUAUGAAUUCCAUUGCUCGUUUCUUAGAGAAUUAGAACAUAGACUAGCAACAUGGGAAGGCCGUACGGGUAUGCCUUUGCAAACUCAUGUACAAGGAAUUGGCGACAUCCUUCUGAAGAAAGUUCAAAUGACUGAGUUUUACUCGAAUUAUGUUGAGAAGCUCCCUUUCAUUCUGGAAAGAUUGAAUUCAGCGUAUUGUACAAAUUCUCAUUUUGAGCGCAUGUAUUGUGAUUUCGAAAUGCAAAGAGUUUGCUACCUUCCACUUACUUCAUUCUUACUUCGUCCAGCUCAUCGUCUCAUGCAUUAUUCAAGUUUAUUAGAAAGGCUUGUAAAUCAUUACGGAGAAAAUCAUCCUGAUGCAAAAAAUUGUAAGACUGUAUUGUACAAGCUGAAACAAGUCACAAGUAUGCUUUUGAAAAACGUGCAUUAUUCUGCAAAUUUCGUUAAACUUAUGGAACUACAAAGAGAUCUGUAUGGAAUCGAUAAUCUGACAAGCAAUCGAAGGGAAUUUUUGAGAGAAGGCUGCCUGCAAAAGCUUUCAAAGAAAGGAUAUCAAAACCGUAUGUUUUUCUUGUUUUCUGAUGUCCUAUUAUAUGCUAACAGAGGACCUAUAAAUCAACAUCAGUUCAAAGUACAUGGUCAACUUCCUUUACGUGGUUUGAUGGUUGAAGAAACUGAACCUAAAAUGGGAGUUUCAAAUUGUUUUACAAUUUACGGUGGUAAUAGAGCUUUGAUGGUUGCUGCUAAUUCACCUGAAGAAAAAGAAAAGUGGCUUGACGAUUUAAACAGUUCUAUACAAAGUGCUAGAGAACCAAAGGAUGACGACACUGUGUUUUAUUCUAGUCUUCGAUCGUGUAGUUCAUCAGAAGAUCUUCUGGGCCAUUCUAGUAAUUUACAGACUUCAGAUAUUGUUGCAAUUGCGAGUGGUUCAGCUAAGCCUUACCAACAUUUUUCAAACACAACAGUUCAUGUUUGUUGGCACCGUAACACAACUGUUGGUAAAGAAGAUUAUAGGAAAGCGCUGCUGAAUUAUCUCAGUGGAUAUCUCUUAAGGAAGUUCAAAAAUAGUAGUGGAUGGCAGAAGCUUUGGGUUGUUUUUACAAACUUUUGCCUUUUCUUUUAUAAAUCUUACCAGGAUGAUUUUCCCUUGGCUAGCCUUCCUUUAGUUGGAUAUGCUGUUACUCUACCAAGUCCUCAUGACAACAUUAAUAAAGAUUACGUUUUCAAAUUGCAAUUUAAGAACCAUAUUUACUUUUUUAGAGCUGAAAGUGAAUACACUUUCCAAAGGUGGAUUGAUGUUAUAAAGGGUGCAACCCUCAGGAGUUGAAACAUAUUGGGCCAAAGAAGAUUACAAAGAAGAAAAAGAAGAAGGGAAAAAAAAGAAAAAAAGAUUCCGACUCAUAUUCAAAUAUUCAUGAGAAUCUCAUGUUCGACUAUAUCUUUAAAGAAUACGCAGUUGAAUUAAUAAUUUUUAUAUUUCUACUUUAAUGUUGCUUGAAAGUAUAUGUAGCUUCAAUGACAAUUUUUACAUUUUAUAUUUGAUGUCCUGUUUAAAAAUCGUUUUUGUUAUUACUGUGUGUCUUGGUAAGACGGGUAGUCGCUUUAUAGUAUGCUUGUACGUUUAAAUGAUGAAACUAAGAUGCACUACUUCCUUCCUUUAGGAUUUAUAUGGGUAUGCAUUUGUGGUUUUAAAGUUGACAAAGUAUCUUUUUAAAAUGUUGGUUGACAGACGUGCUCGAAGUAACAUGAAAUAUCAGAUCUGAAAUAUAAUAUGAGGCAGCAUUGUGUAAAUAUUUAUUUUAUGAAUCAACUCCUGGUUUUGUACAUUCUUUUUUUCUCAAAACAAAAUGUGUAUUCAUUUACUUAUGAUCUCAAGAUUUUAAUUUUAAUUUGUUUGUAAUUAUUUAACGCUGCAUUAUCUAAGCAGAUUAAAACA